CACCCACAUGGCUGCUGAAUAAAAUCCCUGGUUUUCCUCAUUAGACUGAAGUUCUCUCUGAGGAAACUUCACCUCCUCACUCUCCUGAUUGUUUCUCCAGGUGUUUCAGAGCUACAGUUUGAAGACGAGUGGUGAAGUGCAGGAGCUGACAGACGCUGCAGAAACACAUGCUGAUUGGAUCAAAGCUCUGAGAGGAGAAAUGGCGCAGAAAAGAGUGAAACUGGACCGAGAAGCCUUCUCUUGUUCCAUCUGUCUGGAUCUACUGAAGGAUCCGGUGACUAUUCCCUGUGGACACAGCUACUGCAUGAACUGUAUUAAAACCCACUGGGAUUUGGAGGAUGGAAAGGAAAUCCACAGCUGCCCUCAGUGUAGGCAGACCUUUAGACCGAGGCCAGUCCUGGUGAAAAACACCAUGUUAGCAGAUUUAGUGGAGGAACUGAAGAAGACUGGACUCCAAGCUGCUCCUGCUGAUCACUGCUAUGCUGGACCUGAAGAUGUGGCCUGUGAUGUCUGCACUGGGAGAAAACUGAAAGCCCUCAAGUCCUGUCUGGUCUGUCUGGCCUCUUACUGUAAGAAACACCUGCAGCCUCAUUAUAAAUCCUCUGCCUUUAAAAAACACAAGCUGGUGGAGCCCUCUGAGAAGCUCCAGGAAGUGAGUCGCCAAAACAUCCAGCAGAGAAUCCAGGACAGAGAGAAAGAUGUGAAGGUGCUUCAGCAGGAGGUGGAGGCUAUCAAUGGCUCUGCUGAUAAAGCAGUGGAGGACAGUGAGAAGAUCUUCACCGAGCUGAUCCGUCUGAUGGAGAAAAGAAGGUCCGAUGUGAAGCGGCAGCUCAGAUCCCAGCAGGACACUGAAGUGAGUCGAGUCAAAGAGCUUCAGGAGAAGCUGGAGCAGGAGAUCACUGAGCUGAAGAGGAAAGACGCUGAGCUGAAGCAGCUCUCACACACAGAGGAUCACACCCAGUUUCUACACAACUACCCCUCACUGUCAGCACUCAGUGAAUCUACAGACUCAUCCAGCAUCAACAUCCGUCCUCUGCGCUACUUUGAGGAUGUGACAGCAGCUGUGUCAGAAGUCAGAGACAAACUACAGGACGUUCUGAGAGAGAAAUGGACAAACGUGACAGUGACCAAAGUGGAUGUUUUACUGUCAGAACCAGAGCCCAAGACCAGAGCUGGAUUCUUAAAAUAUUCACGUAAAAUCACACUUGAUCCAAACACAGCAAACACAUGGCUGUUUUUAUCUGAGAGGAACAGAAAAGCAACAGCAAUGUGGCAACAACAGUCUUAUUGUAGUCACCCAGACAGAUUCACUGAUUACUGUCAGGUCCUGAGUAGAGAGGGUCUGACUGGACGUUGUUACUGGGAGGUGGAGUUGAGAGGGGAAGAAAGUGAUGUAGCAGUCUCCUACAAGAAUAUCGGCAGAGCAGGGUGGUCAGAUGAUUGUGGAUUUGGAAACAAUGACAUAUCUUGGGCAUUAAAAUGUGAUGACAAUGGUUAUCACUUAUGGUACAAUAAACGCUGCACUCCCGUCUCAGGUCCUCAGUCCUCCAGAAUAGGAGUGUACCUGGAUCACAGUGCAGGUAUUCUGUCCUUCUACAGCAUCUCUGAAACCAUGACUCUCCUCCACAGAGUCCAGACCACAUUCACUCAGCCUCUCUAUGCUGGACUUCAGUUGUAUUAUUCUUGUGGAGCCACUGCUGAGUUCUGUAAACUCAAAUAGUCAGAAGUCAUUUCAGGGACAGUUGGUUAAAUUCUGUGUUUUAAUCCUUAAACUUCUUUUGUCUUCAUGUUUGUUGCUGAGAGCUGAUUGUUGUGGCAUUUCUUCACUGCACAGAGAUCAGCUGUCAAUCAAACAUUGUGGGUGGUACUUUGACGUCUUCUCAUUAGUUGCUGUGUAAAUGUUUGAGUUUCUUUAGGUGGCGCUCCUUCCUGUGUCUGUUUAGCCAUGGAGGCUAUCACUGCUCAGGAUGACUUUUGUUAACCUGAACUGACAUGUAUCUGCAUGAAAAUGGAAAAACAGGCACAAUGCUUGGUUCAGGUGUUCAUCAGUUCAAGUAUCUAUAAUAGUCUGCAAAGUGGUGCGCAAUCAGGGGCAAGAGAACCUCCCAGCAGUGUUUCCAUCUAUAGACAAUACUUCAAGAAAUUCCCUGUUGCACAACAACAGUCAGGUACUGAUUGUUGCAGGAUUUGGCAAUCAAAAAUCAAAAACAAGCCACCGCACACUGAAAUGACUUUACCAAGCUAAAUAUAUUGUGUUGAGUUACACUUGUGACUUCUUCAGGUUCACACAAUGCGAAGCUGAAGUAGUAGUGUCAAAUAGUGAAGUAAUUUCAGUGUGCUGUGGCUUGUUCUUGAAUUUCAUUGCCAAAUCCUGCGACCUACCAGCAGCUGACUCUUCUUACUCUGCAUGCAGAAUUUCUUGAUUUAUUUGCAUUGAUGAUUUUAUGUUGUCUUUAUUCCACUACAUGGGUCUUAAGAGAGAAAGCACCAGACCUCCUUCAUCAGAGAUAUUUUGUUCUGACUUGGUAAAGAAAUCUAUAAUUAAUUUUUAUUUGUUUGGCAGACCAGAUGUUGUUGUUGUCCAAAAUGACAUAAAAAUGAGGGACUGAGAUAUUAUAAAACUGUAAUUGUAUAAUUUUUUUGCCGUUGCCUAAAUAAACUCUAAACUGUA